CGAGUCCCCAUCCCCAAGCCUCGAAAGUCUAAACCCCCUCCCCUCUCUCGUCUCCGCCUCCGCCGCAAAUCCACCCCACCCCACCCCACCGGAGAGAGGGAGAGGCCAUCAUGGCGGACACCGCCGCCGCCGCCGCCUCGGGGCAGGCGUCGUCAGAAGCACCGGCCCCGCUGCCUCCCCCUCCCCAUCAUUGCAAUUACAAAAACCUAUUGCAAGAGCUUCUUCAACAGGCAAAUAAGAGGUUGCCAAUCUACUCUACCAAGUGUAAGGGUGAACACCAUCAACCUAAGUUCAAAUCCACUGUCACAGUGGAGGAUGAGCAGUUUUCAUCCGCUUCUUGUCAUAGACGCGUCAAGGAUGCUGAGAAGGAUGCUGCUAAAGUAGCCUAUGAUAUCUUGGUUAAAAGAAAAGAGAGUGAUGAUGUUAAUGUUACAGAUGUGUUUAGGCUCAUUGAUCAGGAUGUAGUUUUCAGCAAAUCAAUUCUUCAUGAAUUUGCUAUUAAGACAAAAGCAGCACAGCCUUCUUACUCUGUAUUGAAGAAAGAAGAGUUAAGCCCCGUGACUCCAUAUGUGGCAUCUGUGUCAUUUGCUGGGAGUACUUAUACUGGUGGAGCUUCAAGAAGCAAGAAGGACGCAGAGCAGAAGGCAGCUCGUGCUGCUGUCAAGUCAAUUUUAGCUACAAAGAAUGCCUGCAUGGCGCAAAUUAUUAGAUCGAAGGAAAAUCUCAUCACUACAAACACACCUUCUGUGUACAAGGAAGAAAGAGGAGCUGCUAAUCAGGAAAUCAACAGUAAUCCAACAAACAAGGGACUUCCUUUUGUUCCUAUAAUAUUCACAGCCCCAGUUAUUUAUGAAUCUUAUGGUGGACCGGGUGACAUAGUUCCUGUGUCACAACCUAUAUCUUCCUCUCCUGUUGCUGUUCAGGAACACAAUAUCAUGCCAGCAGCUGAUCCAGCUUCCAACCCAUCUGCACAAGCUGUGCAUGUAUCAAAGAAACACAAGAAUAACAGAAUCAGCGAACCAGGGCCCAAGGAAGAAAGGGUUGCACAGUAGCAUCUUGCCCUUUACAAUAUGAGGACUUGGAUUUCAUCUUUGCUGGAGGUUGACAGGCUUGGAGACAACAUGGUGCUGCGUAGUGACAUUUGGUGCACCUGCUGAUCAUCAGUAUAAUGGGUGUUGAAAUGCAAUUAGGUUGGAGUCUGUUCCUUCUGUAAUUAGAUCAACAAUGUCGGUCAUGCCAUACUGGCCGAACAAAAUUGUAGCAAUGCCUUGAAGUGCUCCAUCCGUGCUAGGAACUCAAAAUUCUGCGACUUGCUGGUAGUUUAUGGUUAUCCCAACUCAUGCAAAUUAAAAAGAUCUGUUCCGAGUUAGGAGGAUUACCAAAUGAUUCUUUUAUUCUUGUAUGCUUUGAGAAUCGUGAUGGAUUAUCCUAAUGGUUUGGCUAGCACAUUCUUGUGCAGCAAUUUUUAUGAA